AACGGAAGAAGGUCGAAAGAGAAAAACAGGAAGCAAAACCUGUUAGUAUGAGUAGGGGUUCAAGUGCAUUUAAUUGUUAGAAUCAAAAAUAUAAACACUAAUACUUUACUUUAAUAAGGACAUUAACCAGUCAUUUAGCAGGAUGAUUCCAACGGAGGACGCAUCCUCUAGGAAGAGAGAAAUAGAAGAGAAACUCAAACAGGAGCAGGACACGUUGUCAUUCAUCCGUGAAAACCUGGAGAAAAGUGAUCAGCUGACGAAAGGAAUGGUUUCCAUCUUGUCCUCCUUUGAGAGCCGCCUCAUGCAGCUGGAGAACUCCAUCAUACCAGUGCACAAGCAGACAGAGAAUCUGCAGCGGCUGCAGGACAACGUGGAGAAGACUCUCUCCUGCCUGGACCACGUCAUCAGCUACUACCACGUGGCCAAGGACACAGACAAGAUCAUCAAAGAGGGCCCUACAGGCCGACUGGAUGAGUACCUUGCUUGUAUUGCGAAAAUCCAGAAAGCAGUGGAAUAUUUUCAGGACAAUAACCCUGAUAGCCCAGAGCUCAACACAGUUAAAGCGAGAUUUGAGAAGGGGAAGGAGCUGUUGGAGGCUGAGUUCCGGAGUUUGUUGACCCGCUACAGCAAACCUGUGCCGCCCAUCUUGAUCUUGGAUCUGAUUGGAACCGAUGAGGACCUGGAUGUGCAGGAAGAGGUCACACUGGAGCACCUGCCUGAGGCCACACUGCAGGAUAUCAUCUGCAUCUCUGGCUGGCUGGUAGAAUACGGCCGCAACCAGGACUUCAUGAAUGUGUACUUCCAGAUUCGGUCCAGUCAGCUUGACCGCUCCAUAAAGGGCUUGAAAGAGCAUUUCCGCAAGAACAGCUCCUCCUCAGGCGUGCUGUACUCGCCUGCAGUGCAGAACAAGCGCAAGGACACGCCCACGAAGAAGCCCCCCAAAAGACCAGUCUACAUCCCAGGCACAAUCCGUAAGGCUCAGAACCUUCUGAAACAGUACUCUCAGCAUGGGCUCGAUGGGAAAAGGGGGGGCUCUAACCUCACUCCUUUGGAAGGUCAUGAUCACGACCUGAGGGUCAAACAUCUCUCUGACGCCCUGAAUGAGAAGCACGGGGCUGUGGUGGGCAAAGAUGACGUUCUGGACAUUGAGAUCGACUCCUACAUGCACUGCAUCAGUGCCUUUGUCAAGCUAGCUCAGAGUGAAUACCAGCUGCUCACAGACAUCAUCCCUGAACACCAUCAGAAGAAGACCUUCGACUCCCUGAUCCAGGAAGCUCUGGAUAACCUGAUGCUGGAAGGGGACAAUAUUGUUUCUGCUGCACGAAGGGCCAUCAUGAGGCAUGACUACUCGGCCGUGCUCACCAUCUUCCCCAUUCUCAAGCACCUGAAGCAGACCAAACCGGAGUUCGACCAGGUCCUGCAGGGGACGGCAGCCAGCACCAAGAACAAGCUGCCCACACUCAUCACCUCCAUGGAAACCACCGGAGCCAAAGCGCUGGAGGAAUUUGCAGACAGCAUUAAGAAUGACCCAGAUAAGGAGUAUAACAUGCCCAAGGAUGGAACUGUCCAUGAACUCACAAGUAACGCGAUCCUGUUUCUCCAGCAGCUGCUGGAUUUCCAGGAGACAGCUGGGGCCAUGCUCGCAUCCCAAGUCCUUGGGGACACUUACAAUAUACCUUUAGACCCCCGAGAAACCAGUUCCUCUGCAAGCAGCUACAGCUCAGAAUUCAGCCGGCGGCUCCUCAGCACCUACAUCUGCAAGGUGCUCGGAAACCUGCAGCUGAACCUGCUGAGCAAGUCGAAAGUUUACGAGGAUCAAGCGCUGAGCGCCAUCUUCCUCCACAACAACUACAACUACAUUCUCAAGUCACUGGAAAAGUCUGAACUGAUCCAGCUGGUGUCAGUGACUCAGAAGAAAGCAGAAGCUUCAUACAGAGAGCUCAUUGAGCAGCAGAUUCAAAAUUAUCAGCGCAGCUGGCUGAAAGUAAUUGAGAACCUGACAGACCGGAAUAUUCCUGUUUUUCAGCCUGGUGCUAAGCUGAAAGAUAAAGAACGUCAGAUGAUUAAAGACAAAUUUAAGGGGUUUAAUGAUGGUUUGGAGGAGUUGUGUAAAAUCCAGAAGAUCUGGGCCAUUCCUGAUAAAGAGCAGAGAGAUGCUAUUCGACAGGCACAGAAAAGGAUGGUGUCAGAGGCCUACAAAACUUUCUUGCAGAGAUAUGCUAACAUUGCAUUCACGAAAAACCCAGAGAAGUACCACAAAUACAAACCCGAGCAAGUGGAAGAGAUGAUAGAGAAACUGUUCGACACAUCGGCAUAAACCCCAGCUCUGCCCACAUCAUUGUUCCUUUUGCAGUCCUGUGCAGCUCAGAUUCCUGCUUCUCUUGAGACACUAAACGUGUGUUGAAUGCCAUGGUUUGUUUUGUAAAAAUAAGUGUAUAUAUCACCCUCUUUUUUUGUGGCACUCGUAAGGAUCAAUUAAAAAGACUCCAAAACC